UUUUUCAAGCACGAUUGAAAAACUUGUUUAACAUCUACAUAUCGAGCAAAAAACAGGAAAUCGUUUUCACAAGAUCCCAGGCGUACCUUAAUGUACUACCAUGAGAGUGACGCUCUGCUUCUUUCUGAAACUUUAUUUGUCAAAAAAUUUCGGAUACGCCAAUUGUGAAAAUACUUUUUAAAGUAACUGAAUUUGAUUUGCGAAUUGUGAAACAGAACAUCUGGUAUCACAAUGGGAACAGUUAUCAUUGAAUUAGAUAAAGGCAAGAUUUGACAGAGUCUGAAUUUUGUUAUUACAAAGGUAGUACUAAAAAAUUUUAGUUUAAACAUUUUCUGAUAUCUUUUGAAUACUUUCCCCUUUUCAUCUUUCUUUACACAUACAAAAUUAACUACAAAAAAUUCAAAUAUUGUAUUUGAUGAUAAUCUUUUUUCUUAUUUUCCCUUCAUAUUUUCUAUUUCAAUUUUGGAUUGCGUAUUAAAAGAAAAUGUUAACUUAAAAGCAUGUUAAAAGUAGCAUUUUGUUUUAGUUGUUAAUAAAUUUGAAUAAUUUCAGAAGUAGCUUCAGUGUCUACUAAAAUUCAUGAGAAAUUAAGCUAAUUUUAUUGUUUAACCUGUUUUGAUAAAUCAUUAUUGUACUUUACAGUAAAAUUUUUAAAAAAAAAUUGCAAACUUACAAAAUGCAAAAAUAUUAGUUUAUUAAAGACAAAUAUUUCAAUAAAUAUUGUGUUGCAUUUAAAUAUAGAAUUUUUGUCAUUGCUUAUAAUGAAAAGAUCUUUUUGUUAGGAUUUCACUAUGUUUAAGACCUGUUUACGUGCUUUAAAAAUCUUUGGGAUGACUUUAGAAACUGACAGUUCGUCAAAAACUGUCUAUCAUGAAUAAAAAAACAUUUCCUUGCAUUCAGACGUGAAAACAAAUGAACUGCUUUUCAGUAUCUUGUUAAUAAAGUACAUUUGACAUUUUCGAGGUUAAUAUUGUAAAACUUUAUGCACCUUCAAAAGAUUUCAUAAGCCAUGUUACUUGGAACAUUUCUUUUGCAUUGAAACUAACAGCAAUAACUGCAUACUAACUGCGUGGAACAAUGGCAAUGCAUGCUCUAGGUACACUUGGAGCUAUAAUUCUAGCCGCCAUUUUGUUUUCUGUGCCUUUAGUACUGAAGUACCAUGUUUACAAACCAGAAAUGAAACGAGUAAUAACAGGAGAUGUGGAAGUCGUCGAAGGCCCCUUUUCCACUGUCUGGUGCCAAGAAGUUGAGUUGCAAUCAGAUUCAAAUUACAAAUCUUUCUUAUAUGAAUCUGAUCCUGAAGUUAACGAGGAGGUUUCAGAAAGGAUGAUAGCUACACAAAGAAUUAUUUUACCAAACAAAGCUCAAAAAUACCUCAGAUUUCAUCUGCUUCAAGGUUCAAAAGUGAAUAUGUCAUCCUGUUCUCGCUUGUCUGGAGCUGGAGUUUCGGUUGUCAAGGGAUAUCAUGAGCUUCAAAAUUGUCUUAAAGAACACAGGAUUUAUUUAGAAACGGAUGAGGACAUCAGUGGUGAGGACAGUCAGUCUGAAUCUGAAUCCGACGAUGUGACAUCUUCUAUUUCUAGCAGUCAGGGAGCAGUGACAAACGAUUCGGAUCGACCGUAUUUUUGCAAGAACUCCUUGCACCAUGUUCAACUUCCAUCAACGUAUAAGUGUAAUUCUAAGUACUAUGAGACAUACAGAAAAUUCACACUUUUUCACAACAUCGAAGAAACUGAUUAUUAUUAUUACAUAUUUUCUUCUCAUACUUAUUUAGAUAUUCUUCCCAAUGAUUUCUCCAUAGAAUUCGUGAUCGACAGAACUCACUACGCAUAUGAAACUAGUAUCAGCAACUGCUCGAGAGACAGUCAGUGUCGUCUUGCCAUGCCACUUGCUUCACAGCGAAGGAUUGUUGUGCAAAUGGAGGGUUUCAAUGGAACUCUCAAAGAUAAAGAGCUCAAAAUUAUUUGCAAACCAAGAGAGUUAUUGUUCUGUAUAUUUUACGCCGGUUUCUUAAUAGUAAUAUUUUUGUGUGCCUUUCAGUAAAAUAAAAUUUAUUUUAUAUUCU